GACAUGUCAGAUUGUAUCAUGGAGAAAUAUUAGUGACGGAAGAAAAAAACUAUCAUGGAUGAAGCGUGUAGUACAGAAGAGGAGACUGACUCCGAGGAUGAAGAACAAACAUGUAAUAGUUAUGACCAAACUCUUCUGUCAGAUGAGAAUUCUUCAGAUACUCAAACUUUAAAUAAAAAAGACCAAACUAAGGCAUGGACAGAGAACCACUCCGCAAGCAUUGCCUUUUAUGUCAGGGAUGCAAAAACAGGAAAAGUUUAUGGCUUAACAAACCGACAUAUUACCCUUCAAACAGACAAAAUUGAUAUUAAAAUGUCAAACAAAAACAAGUUUAUCCAAUUUGGCACAUCAGUUAAAACUUUGGAUUAUGAAAGUUUAGAUAUUGGAUUGAUAGAGAUUGAUCACUCUGUAAAAGAUCAGUUAAGUAAUAAAGAGAACGUAGAUCAACGUGUUUGUAUCUAUUCUGGUCCUUUUGAAAGCAUUCAUAAUAAAGAAAUAUUUAAAUACAGACCUAGCGAUAAACUUUAUGAAGUGUGCAAAUGUGGUACACCCAAUUAUGGAAUUAUUGUUUCUGAGUCGGAACAUGAAGAGUCUAAACCAGAAAAUGGACAAUUUCUCGUCAAAAGUGAGAGUGGCGUUUUUGCCGUAAAAGGUGAAAGUGGUACCGCCGUAGCGUUCAAAAGAAAAGAAGACAAUGUAAUAAAGUUAGUUGGAAUUAUCUGCGGUGGAUCAGGCGACAAAACUGUUUGCCUAUUUCUUCCAGCUAUUAUACAGUUUUUUGAGAAAAGUUAUGGUAUGACUCUAGAAUUACAUGAGUCUGAGUUUUAUUGCCAUGAUAAAACAGAAUCAAGCUCAAUAAUUUCUGCAGCGAAAGUGGCCGAUAAAGCAAUGGCUUUGAAAGUCAUACCCUAUGGGGUAAAAAUAUAUUUCAUUUGUUCAACACCGGAGCAAAUUUCUCCAUUGAGUUUCGACUUGGUAGAACGUACUUUACAUUUGAUGUGCUUGUCCUAUGACACUGUAAACGUAGACAGUUUAAAGGACCUAGUGAGAAAAGAACAUGCUUUAUCGCUCUUGGUCAGUAAAAGAAGAAGAUUGAAUGAUAAUGCUAUCUUCGAAAGUGACGGACCUGGUUUUGUUGCAUUAGAAAAGGGCAUGUUAGCGUGCGACUUCUUAUACCAGGGCAAGGCGGAACCAGCAGAAAACUAUCUAAAAUGGGCAAUUUUGGGCGUAAUAAAGUCAGAAGACUUAGGACUUAGGCUGUUUUGUAAGCUCGUCACAUACAUCACCUGGUAUUGUCUUCUCGCCAAUACAAAUACGUCUUUGGAUGAUUUGAAACGUUUGCUUGAAGACGGCAUAGAUAGUUUUGAAUGCGAUUUCAUGAGCUCAGCUGACUUUCCAUUGGAGACAUUAGGAUACUUGUAUUUUGAUUAUUCCAGAUAUUACAUGUCAAUGUGCUACAAUUUGCCUAGACGAGGUCCUAAACAGAGCAAUAACAUUGCUGAGGAAAGCUUUAGAUUUAAAGCAGUUGAAAAAGCAAAGCAAUCUUUGAAGAUUUUUAAGGAAGACCAUAACGGGAAGAAGAGUGCAGAAACACUGAGAAGACUAGUGCUGGCAAAAUGUCAGCAAGUAUAUGCUCUACUUGGUUGUGGUCAUGAUUUCAACACUUGUGAGGAAGUAUCCAAUGAACAAAUAACAGAAGCUGAAAACAUUAUCAAGAGUAUGGAGGAAGUGAAUAUGAAGGAAAUACCAUUAGUGCAAAAUGUGGAUUACUUGAUUGCAUUAUGUGACUUGCAGUAUAGAAAGGGACAUACAUCGAAAGCUUUGAAAACGGUCCGUAAAUGUUUCGAAAACUCCGAAAUCAAGGAGUACCAUGUAGGAUUCUAUAGAGCUAAAUGCAGAGAGGAAAUGCUGUCCAAAUUAAAAUAACGAUAUUUUCGAUAAGUUAUCAGUGUAUAAACUUCUGUUUUUAUUUGUUGGUUGCCUUUGAUGCCUGACAAAUAAAGAUAAAACUAUUAUUAACAUUCCAAGUCAAAGAUUGUGUACCAUGUUUACUUCUAUUUGUCCGUCAAAGCUAACUCAGCAUGUAUAUAUCAAAAAAAAAAAGAAAAAAGAAACAACGUUUUUGAGGGCAAGGGGGCGGGUUAGAUUUUUUACCAAUUAUGUUAGAACCAUUGUAAAUAUUCCAGGUAAGCGGCCAGUGAAAGUGAAGGAAAGAAAAUGGAACUUGAUAAUUUUUUAUCCUGAUUUAAGGUACUUCCGCAAAUUGAAUUUAUAAAUUUAUGUUAAAAAUCAGAAUCCUCGAAACAGCUUUCGAAUGCAAGAACAUAAGAUAUAUAUGAUAAAAGUUGAAAAGAUAUAUCUGUAGGUAAAUUUGCGAGCAUGAAAGCUACGCUGAACCCUAUCUCCACAGUGCUUUGGAAGAAAAUAAGUGAACAUUUUUGGUGCAAAAGUUUGGUAUCGUAUGCAACCUAAAUUGCUAUAAAAUAUUUAUUUUCAAAUCAAAGAAAUGCCAAAAUAGUGCACACGAGCGUUACUUUUUCAAGAAAAUCUCGUUAAACAUUCUAAUGUGUAAAACACGUGCACAGUUUUUCUAAAAUAUUUCGCUGCCAUGUUUAUUUCAAGGAAUAAAAUAUAUGAUUUUAUUUUA